GAUAAGAAUAUCGAUAGCUUUGACAGAUGUCAUGUUUGACUGCUUUGCCAUCGGUGAACCAGAAGAGUUUCAGGAAGAUUCCUUUCCACCUAGCGUCAUACAGUUGUGCAUGAAAAGUUGCCACAGCUUGGUUUACACGAUCGCAAAACUCGUGUUUGGUUGGCGCUGCCGCAGUUUACACGGGACUUAGCGUUGUCGUUGCUGGCGCAAAAGGUUGUGCAGCAACCAGUGAUUUGGAUCAGUGGAAAAUCCAAUAGGAAACUCCCAUUAUUUAAAAUAUCCGGGCGCAGAUUGAGCCCAUGUAGUAGACUAUUGAGGAAAGGAGGCUCAGCAAGAAGAAACAGUAAGGGAGCAAUACCCUACAACUUGGGAUCGAGGAGCACUCUUAGGGUGAUCUCCUAGGAGGGGUUUCCCAGACCGAAAAGGAAACAAAUCAGCACAGAUGCGCUGCCACAACUAGGAGGAGGCAUUGAUCCGGCAGCGUAUCAUCAGCGAAUAGAACGCGUCUCAGCCAGGAGCGCCUCAGCGCCAGAUAGAGAGUAGUCCAGAUAGAGUAUAGUUGUUUGAAAGAUUUGUUUUUUAUCGAUAAUGAAUUGGUUGUUGCCCAUAAAGCAAGUAAGAUUAGUGUAAUGGGAUUGCGUUAAGUUAUCAAGGAAAAGGGAAAGAGACCCCCUAAUUAUGUUUCAGCGACCCACGUCGGAGAUCUUCAUCGUUGGAAUCCUGAUCUACAUGGUUUAUGCCACUAACACGUUUCUGUCGGCGAUCUUUAUUGGAAGGCCACCGUACCAAAAUUACUACCCGUUUCUGGACUGGCGAUCUAGCACUCUGCAUCUGGCUCUGCAGGCCGGUCUGGAAUACUUCGCCAUGGCUGGCGCCUGCUUCCAGGACGUAUGCGUUGACUGCUACCCAGUCAAUUUCAUCCUGGUCCUGCGUGCCCACAUGUCGAUCUUCGCGGAGCGCCUGCGACGUUUGGGAACGUAUCCUUCUGAAAGCCAGGAGCAGAGAUAUGAACGGCUGGUUGAGUGCAUACAAGAUCACAAAGUUAUUUUGCGAUUUGUUGACUGCCUGCGUCCUGUUAUCUCCGGUACCAUCUUCGUGCAGUUCUUGGUGGUGGGAUUGGUACUGGGCUUUACCCUAAUCAAUAUUGUCCUGUUCGCCAACUUGGGAUCAGCCAUCGCAGCACUCUCGUUCAUGGCCGCAGUGCUUCUAGAGACGACUCCCUUCUGUAUACUGUGCAACUAUCUCACAGAAGACUGCUACAAGCUGGCCGAUGCCCUGUUUCAGUCAAACUGGAUUGAUGAGGAGAAAAGAUACCAGAAGACACUCAUGUACUUCCUGCAGAAACUGCAGCAGCCGAUAACCUUCAUGGCUAUGAACGUAUUUCCAAUAUCUGUGGGGACUAACAUCAGUGUCACAAAAUUUUCGUUCUCCGUCUUUACUCUCGUAAAACAAAUGAACAUAGCUGAGAAACUGGCCAAAUCUGAAAUGGAAGAGUGAAAUAAAAAGUUUAUUCGGAUUUAAAAUCACACAUGAAAGAAGUUAAAGUACACGGUAAUAAAAAUGUUGAUAGUUUUUUAACCACACAUAUAAAACUAAAUUUAAUAUUCGUAAUAUCUAAACUGUGACUAGAGGGUUGGGUACCGAUUUCUAAACAUUAUUCAAAUUAAACAAAAACACUACUACAAUUAGGUAAGCUUAGGAUAAGGUAAUGUAAGGGUUAUGAAUUUCCUAGUUUCCUCCGCAAUACUAUGA